AACGUGUACAGCUGUGCGUAGAAUUGGGAGGAGAAGAGCACUCGGCACUCUGCACUUCCCACUCCCAAAACCCAAAACCCAGCUCCCAACACCACUACAACUCACUCGAGGAGGUGCAACAAAAGUCAUAAAAAACAACAAUCAAUCCAAAGAAGAAGAAGGUACCGCAAUGAUAGAUGACAGCAGCAACCCCCACAAGGAUGUCGAGCAGUUGGAUCUGAGUAUGAUGAGCAUUGAAUAUGAAGACGAGCACAAAAAGGCUCAGGAGGAAACAGUGGAGAUUGCCCAUGAUGAGACCAAGGUGGUCACCGGAUUGCGAGUGGUCCUCAUGAUUGUGCUGGUGGCUGUGGCCAUUGCUGUUUGCCUUACUGCCUACUUUACCACCAGAGAAGCUGAGGUCAAUGACUUUGAGAGUGCCUUUGAGAACUAUGCCAAUAAGAUCAUCGACUCGUUUCAGACUGAAAGUGGCAAGAAGACAUCUGCCAUUACGUCCAUGGCAAUUGCCUUGACGAGUCAUGCGCAGCAUUCCAAUGAAAGCUGGCCAUUUGUGACUCUGCCCGAUUUUGAGCUCAAGGCACGAGUAGUGCUAGAUCUGGCAGAGUUGCUUUCCCUCAUGGUCCUUCCCCUUGUCACCAAGGAACAAGCCAGACAAUAUGGCGCGUAUGCCGCUGCAAAUCAAGACUGGUACUGGGAGGGACUGGCAAUUCAGGCCAAGUUUCGUGGACAAGAUAACAUUACGGGUACUGCAGUGAACCGUGGUAGCGAUUGGGAUGCUAGCACACUCAAAAUCAGGCCCUUUAUCAUCACAAUGGAUGGGUUCAACGAUGACGGAAGCAAAAGAUUUGCCCCAUUCAAUGAAACACACGAGGGGCCCUUCUUUCCCGUGGGCCAGUAUUCUCCUCAAGUUCCAAUCCCAUUGUCCAACAUUGACUUUUUCAAAUCCCCAAUUGCAGGACGAGAGCUCGAUUUCUACUACAACUCGAACGAACGCAGAAACAUUGUUGGGCUGGCCCAAGACUUUACCGAUAGGGCCGAACGGGCUGCGUUUGCCAAUGCGUUCCUGGAGCGAUACAUUGCGGGGGGCAACGCAUACACCAAAGGCCCACUGAGCUUCUUCUACUCACCGGUUUAUGAAAGAAUUGCCGAUCCAACCGCACCCCUGGUGGCAGUUAUGCAGUGUCUCAUCUUUUGGGAAACUUUCUUUGACAAUCUUCUUCCAGAAGGAGUCAAGGGCAUCAUGGCAACACUCGAGAAUGACUGCGGUCAAACCUAUUCCUAUCGGAUUGACGGCAAGAAAGCAGAAUAUUUGGGAGAUUAUGACAUGCACGAUACCACCUAUGAUCACCUGUCGGCAUCCAGUGAGUAUGGACUCGUAGUGAAAAACGAUCAACAAGCAGCUGGGAUGGGAGAGCCCUCUUCCUACGAUGGCUACAGUGGGUGUAACUACCGCAUUCGAGUCUACCCGUCCAAGGAGAUGGAAGACCAGUAUGUGACCAGCCAACCCUUGGUGAUUGCCUUAGCCAUGCUGGGUGUCUUCCUUGUGACUACUGCAAUAUUUGUGACCUAUGACCGCUUUGUGGAGAGAAGACAAAAGCUGGUCAUGGAAACUGCUGUACAGAGCAGUGAUGUUGUCAACCAGCUAUUCCCAGAAACUGUCAGGGAUCGUCUCUAUGCCAAUGACGAUGCCAAAGCGGAAGCAAAAUGCUCGUCAUCAUUCCUCAAUCGGGCUUCUGAAAGAUGGCUACAACCAGAGGCAACAACAUCCGAGGGGGUGAAUCCAAUAGCUGAUGAAUAUCCCAACUGCACCGUCCUCUUUGCAGACAUUGCAGGGUUCACCAAAUGGAGCGCUACUCGUACUCCAACGGAUGUAUUCUAUUUGUUGGAGACACUGUUUGGAGCAAUUGACAAGACUGCCAAGCGGCUUGGAGUGUUCAAAAUCGAGACAAUCGGAGAUUGUUAUGUGGCGGUGACGGGGUUGCCUCGGCCUCGUGCUGACCAUGCAUCGGUAAUGGCCAAGUUUGCCUCUAGAGCCAUGUCUGCCAUGAAUCAUCUCAUCAACAGUGAAGAUCUCAUCUUGAGGCUUGGGGAAGACACAGCCCAGCUGUCCAUGCGAGUUGGGUUGCACAGUGGGCCAGUCACGGCUGGUGUGUUGAGAGGAGAAAAGGCUCGCUUCCAGCUAUUUGGAGACACUGUCAACACAGCCAGUCGGAUGGAAUCCAAUGGUCAGAAAGGCCGGAUUCAUGUUUCUCAAAGCACUGCCGACUCAUUGGUGGCUGCUGGAAGGAGCCACUGGCUAACCAAGAGGGAAGAUUUGGUUGAAGCCAAAGGGAAAGGCUCCAUGCAAACUUACUGGGUGAACAUUUCUGCAGGAGCCGGCAGCACAACAGGUAGCAUGAUUUCCAGCGUGGAAGUGGGCUCAACUCCCAGCCUCAAUAAUCAGUUGGGCCGGGCAAUCGAUGAAGAUAAAGAACAGGCGAUGCCUGGAGGAGAAAGGCACGAGCCAAGGUUUGAUGAUGAGCUUUCCAUUUGAUGUUGUCUGAUAUUGUCUAAGUAAGUGCUUAGGAAUAGGUUUAUCCUUUUUAUCAAGUUGGAUUCGAAGGGUUCUUUGGUGCUAAACUGUUUUCGACGGCGCCGUUGGGCCACGAAGGUGCGAGUUGGAGUGCAUACGCAACUUCUCGUACACCUAUUUGGUGUGGUGAUUCGCACGAGAUCAUGGGCUAAGUCUCAGCUCACCCGUUUUCGUUGCUCAUCAGUUCCAAACGAGGGCCGGGGACUUUUCCAACGUGGAGCAACAUAUCAUGGGGACUCGUCGUCGGUAUUGGUACGAUCGAACUGUUGCUUGGGGUGCUCAACGGCGAGGGGAGGGCCCCAUUCGGAAGAGGUGGUUCUUGCUUUGAGGCAAAGAUCCGCCUCGGCUCGUUCUCACCAUUAGCUCUGGAGUUGCCACCCCAUCACGACUAAAAAGAUCUUUGACCUGACGCACCAUGGAGUGAAGGAUCAAUCGCAGAGCUGGCAUCUCGCUCGUUUAGCUAGUUCAACGUCUUGCUAUCCAGAAGAAGGCAGGCUGCGUACCGGGCGGUAUGCUGCCUGUACCUCUGGUUGAGAGGACUUUGCCCGCCUCCGCUCCGCCUCCCAUCGAGCAAAUUUGCCAAGAUUGCGAUCUUGGGUUCUUGGGGACCGCAAAAGGGAAACGGGUCCUCGAGAGCCAGCUCAACCGGCCCUGGCAUUUUUGUCAAAGCAGAAAGCAUUGAACCGUACAUGUGUCUGUUCACUUUCCCAACCAAUCCAAGGCCUACUCGAGCGUUAGGGGGCUUGCUAGCUGGCAAGUCGGCGGUUGGUAACAUCGGGUCCAUCCGUCCACCCAGUUGCUUGAUGAGAGGUGCUCGCCCUCUGUCGGACCUUCACGACUAGCUUGAUCCUCCUCGAAACUCGAAACAACCCAAAGCCCGGUUUUUUUUUUCGCUUUUCACCUCCGUGGCCAUUUUUGGAACGUCGAACGUGGACUCUAAGAGUCAUGUCCCGUAAAAAAACGAAUCUGACUCUAAAUCAUUUUGUCCCCAGGAACACACAAGAAGCAGCUUUGACUACUGUUUUUCAACCAGUGGUAACUAAGAGCUCUGUAGAAGCCCCUAGAUGACCUAGAUGGGCACUGCUUUGUGCAAUUUCUAAGGUAAUUGCUUUGUGUGGUUUUCGAUGACUUCAUUCGAAGGGGCGUUUUGUUUAAGAAACAAGAACUUGGGGGUCAUCACUUUUGUUUCGAUUGAUGGAUAAACUUACCGUAGGUGCCUCUAGUACACUGUUGUACUGAAUCUUUCACACGACUUAAAAU